AUGGGUCCUCUGCCGCCCGAGCGCAUCACCCCUCAGCGAGCCUUCUUGUCCACUGGAGUGGAUUACGCCGGUCCAAUGAAGCUGCGGACAACACCAGGAAGGGGUCAUAGAACCUACAAGGGCUAUAUUGCACUAUCGCGAACUUCGAUCGCCUCUUCAUUCUACAAGGACGCCGCCGCCUCGCUGGCAGCUGACGGCACUGACUGGAGCUUCAUCCCUCCUCACGCUCCGCAUUUUGGUGGUCUAUUGAAGGCAGGAGUCAAGACCGUCAAACAUCACUUACGCAGAGUCAUCCAAAACGCCACUCUCACCUUCGAGGAGAUCACGACGCUCCUGUGCCAGGUGGAAGCCUGCGUGACUUCAAGACCGCUGCAACCACUUCCUGACGACGCCACGGAUCUGACGGCGUUAACACCGUGGCUUCACAAGUGGCGCCAGCAGAGAGAGAACUUGGAGGUCGGGACACUGGUCUUGCUGCGCGACGAACUCCACCCACCGGCGAAAUGGCCGCUUGGCCGCGUGGAAACUAUUCAUCCAGGGACCGACGGACAAACAAGAGUGGCGACCGUAAGAAUGAUCAGUGGCUCCGUUACCAGGCCAAUAGUGAAGUUGUGCCCCCUCCCGGUGCCAACUGCUGACGUCACUUGCAGCGCCAAAACGUAA